CGACCACAACAGUGAAUUUUUUUCAGAAUUUAGUUUUUGUGUUUCUUGCUUCAUUUUGUCAAUCUAAAGCAUCUUUGGUUUCAUAUUUGCAAAAAAGGCAGCAGUAAUAAUUGCUCACAAAUUGUUAAGCUCGUUCUUCCUAACUACUGACUUUGUAGUCAACGUUUACAAUGGCCACUGGUUCAGCAGCAGUUGGCCCAUCUCAGGAGUUUGUUGUGAGGGCUCCAAGAAAUGCCAACAAGAAAGUGAGCAUCAUGAAAUUCAGUCGAACAAAUAAAGUGGAUUUUGCAAAAUGUGGACCAGUCAAAAUUGAAAGGGAGAACAAUUUGAGGCAAUACAAAGCUUCCCAUGAUAUCGAAACGUUACCAAAAUUUGGUGCAGGGAGCGAGUUUGGGCGGGAACAGAAGGAGGAAGCUCGGCGGAAGAAAUAUGGUGUGAUGUUAAAGAGAUAUGAUCCUGAAAAUCAACCUUGGAUUCUAAAGACAGGCCAGGGGAAAGAAACAAGGAGGUUUAAAGGAACUCGAGAGGGUGGUAUAUCUGAAAACACGUCAUAUUACAUUUUUACGCAAUGUCCUGAUGGGGCGUUUGAGGCAGUUCCUGUGAAUGAUUGGUACACGUUUAACCCUGUCAUCAACUACAGACAUCUAACCAUGGAAGAAGCUGAAGAGGAAUUCGAAAGGAGAGACAAAACUUUGAACUAUUUUUCGAUCAUGGUUAAGAAAAGGUUGAACAAGGACGAGGUUGGUGAUGAUGAAGUUGACGAUGGGGAAGGCGGUGGAAAGAAGAAGAGUGCAUCGAAGAAGAAAGGAUUUAUGAUGAUGGACAAAGAUGAUUGGACUGAUGAUGAGGAAGAUGAUGAUGAUGAUGAUGAUGAAGAUGGUGAUAAAGAUGAUGAAGACCGGCAAAAGAAGAAGGACAAUAAAAGUAAAAAACAGAAGCGACCGGUAAAGAACUCAAAGAAAAACGACGAUGAUGAAGCAAUAGAGGAAAGUGAUGAAGGAGACUAUGAUGACAAGGAGGUUGAUUACAUCACAGAUAGCGAGUCAACAGAUGAUUCAGAUUUGGACAUCAUGGGUGACAAGUAUCGGGAGCAGGGCGUAGUGGAUGAGGACGGGUUACGGAGGCUGAAUGAAUCUGGGGAGAGUGAGGAGGAAGAGGAGGAAAAGAAACCAGAGGAGGAGGAAGCACCUGUUGAAGAGAAGAAAGAGAAACCAAAAGAUGCAGGAUCAGAUUCUGACAGUAGUAGUGACAGUUCAGAUAGUGACGAUUCUGAUGAUUUAGAACAAGGUGGUAAAUUUCUCUUCCUGGGUGGUGGCAAGCCAAAGAAAGAAGCAAAGAAAGAUAAGAAGGAGAAAAAGGAUAAGAGUGGUGCUAAUAGUAAUAGUAACAAUACCAGUCGGUCAUCGACACCGAUGGGUCAAGCACAAGAGGAAGAAAACGCUAAGAAAAGAAAGUUAGAGCCUGAUGCGCCGCAGAAUGCCAAGAAAUCGAAAGUUGAUUUAUCUCUCCAUCCGUCUGCUUCUGCUCCUUUCCUCUCGGGCAUGCAGUCAAGCAUUGGCAUAACUGAAGAUAACAUCCGAAGGUAUCUCACGAGAAAACCUAUGACGACGAAGGACUUACUGCAGAAAUUCAAAUCAAAACAGCCAGGAGAAUCCAAGGAACAUUUAGUUACAACUGUCGCACAACUUCUGAAGAAAAUCAACCCAGAAAAGACAGUUAUCAAAGGAAAAAUGUAUUUGUAUUUGAAAAAGCCGGAAUGAACAUUUGGAGUGGUCUGUUUGGUGUCAUGUGCUACAUGUACGAGCCCGAAUGAACGUUCGUUUUGGACAGUUCGGUAUGUGCUCAGGAAUAGGAGCUCAGAUUAACACUCCUAUGACUACGAGGCUGUUUGGCGUCGAUUCGGCCAGAGCCAGUUUGGUCUCCUUAUGAAGUGUGCAUGUGUGGGUGUAUUUUCACCCAUGGAGGAACCCUUCAAAUUGAGGAUGGAGGGCAUGGCAGAAUUAACUCAUGUUGUCAAUCCUUGCCUGUCCUGAUACGUGCUUGGGUCACUUGGACAUUUGCUACCAAGUCAAGCACUCAAUGUCGCAAGCUGGAAGCAAAUACAUUUGAGAAGUUGACUUCAUCAUUACAAUCAUGUGGUUGUAGUGGUGCAACUGAUCAACAUUUUCACUGUACCAAAAAAGUCGAGACCAGUCUAGAUAUAGAACAGAAAGUCAAUGUUUUGAAAAGUGUUUUAUUAUUUCAAUUACUGUAAACCAGGUAAUGUUAACGACCGUUAUAUUUUGGUGAUUUUCUAUCACAAUUUGGGAGGGAAACUAAAAAUUUCAACUCUUCUGCAUCAACCAAUAAGUUUUGGCAGCUAACACAGAAUUCAGCCUGCACAAAAUGAAAACUGAUCAAAUUUCUCAACUCUUUGCUUCUCGAACAUUACCUGGUGUACAAUAUUCAGGAUAUAUUAAACUCUGGCCAUACUCUUUGCAGUGAUCGAAAUGUUAUUUAUUGCAAGUGGCAGAAAACAUAAUAAAUAUUUGUAUGUAUUUACAUCUGUUCAUCACAUUCUUGUUUGGUUUAACGCCCUGCAGAGUUAUGUUUCACUCUAUAACCUUACAUGUUGGAAAUAGUUCUGAGAUCUCAUUUAUCACAGCCAAUAUAAAACCUUAGUCUUGCAAAUUGCAAAUUGCAACUUGUACAGCAACUCUAUGUCCUUGACUACCAUGGUCUUUAUUUGCACAGUCGUAUGUGUCCUUUCAGAGUUUGUACAUGUAGGUAUCUAAGAACCUUGAGAUACUUGAUCCCCAACUUUUGAGAAUAACUAUUGAUUUGAGUAGAUUAUUAGUCACAGCACAGGCCGACAUAUGCGGCUUUGAAUUCAGAUGAAAUUCCAUUUGCAUUAGAGAGACAAGCAGAGGCAAGAUGCUCAAAUCAUCGGACAUAGUAUGCCUGAUUACCACUGUUGAGUCCAGAAAACCAUGAAUGUCACUUCAACUUUGUUGUGAUCUACGCAGCAACCAGUCCAGGCCAUUUCCAACACCCUCAAGUCCUUCUACAACACAAUCAUGAGCCUGCCACGGCCGACUUAACUUUCCUAACUGAAGGUACUUCACAAUGUCUAUACAAGCUCUUCUGGGUGUAGCAUUGUCUUUUGUACAUGUUAGCACCAAUACAGGGACGCUAGGAUUUGCCCAUUGCUCGUUGACCAUGGCAAACAAUUCGUGGCGACUCCACUCUACUGAAAACAGAGGUAUAAGAUUAGAACUAUUGUAAGAUUUUCAUCUUUAUGCACGAAAUGUACUUCCAAUAAAUGAAUGCUUUAUUUCUGAUGUCCGAGCCGUGUCUCGCUGAUUUUUUGACUCUAGAUGUUCAUUAUACAAAGUAUUCUGUAUGUCAAUGCAAGAGAGAAGAAGGCUCCAUGAAAUCCUCUACUUUAUGGAUCACCAUUCAAGAAAUUCUUUGCUUUGAAAUACUUCUAGUUCUCAUCCAGUUUUCAAUGCCACUUGUUAAACUGAAUAAAAAUUUAGAUGAAUAUGUAAGAGUUGUAAAAUUUAGGGCACACUACGUACCACAGGUUUUACAGUCAAUGUACUUACAUUCUGAGCUAUCCACUGCCGAACUAGCAUUGACCACAUAAACAAAUGCAUUCAUUUUUCGGCUGACCUCCCUCAGUGAGUGGCUCAAUUCAAACUGAACUUGGUCCAGCUCUCCUUGCCCUUCCUCCACAUUGCCUAAAUGAUGUAGCAUCUUAUUUUUCUUUAGUCUCUGUUCCGGGCUUAAUGCUUGCCAUGAAACCCGGUCUUCCUUUGUUGAAGAAUACAAAGUAAAUAGGUGGAAGUUCAGCUGGUUCUUUAAUUUGAAUGCGAUUCCUGAUCCCAUACCUGAAAUAAAGCGUCAGAUUGUAAGUGGAAAAUAUGUAUGCAAACUGUGAAUUAUUUCUGAAUGACCGGAUGUGUUUCAAACAGUUUUUUUACAACCCAACCUCCCAAUUGCAUACUUCAAUACUUUUCAUUAGUGCAAGUAUGUCGAUGAAUAUGGCUCUUCUUAACAUAGAGUUUCAAUCUGGAAUCUCUGUUAUCUAUAAUGAAUAAAGACUUCGUCCAUA